AUGGAACAAGAGAGAAUUGAUACGUCUACAUCUAAAGACUCUAAUACUUCAUUUGCAAGCGCAAUGGAUAAUACCGGGACCUCACUUUCAGGAACCAAUGAGGAAGAACGUGGUACUGUCAGAAACGAGACGGGAGAACAAGGUAAUAGUGACCAAUCAGGAACAUCGCAAGAGCAUGAGAAGGAGGAAAAUGUAGAUGAGGAGGAUGAAGAUUUAUUUGCUGCAUAUGAGAUAGAUCAUCCGGUCUCUCAACCUGGAAACGAGGAAACUGAGGCGGCAAAUGCAUCUGAGCAUAUACAACUAGAGGGAUCUCGAGACGAACAAGAGGUUCAAACGAAAGAAGAAGAUAGUUCGUCAGUGAAACCAGACUUGCCACCGAGGGAUACCACAACGGAUGUACCAGUCUCUACAGGGAAGCCAGACUUGCCGCCAAGGGAUGUCACCAAUAUGCCACGUUCAGAAGAAGCGUCAGAAGUCGACGCGGAGAAGGAUGAUCAAUACACUGCUAACACAUCGGUGGAGUCUGAGCAUCCAUCGGUUAUAGUCAAUACAAGAAGGAACAACAUUGCAGGUGUACCGAAAACCCCAACCUGGUUUGAUUUCGAACAUGCAGGCACCGACAUGUAUACCAGCACAUUAGAUUCAUUAUCUUCGCCAGUAAACAUGAACAUGGCUUAUACUAGAUUCCAAGAGAAUGAGGAUAAGUUGCUGCAAAAGGAACCAGUGGAAAGAGAUGACAUUAUGCACAGCCGUGAUAGUUUGAAGAAGACGUUUAACGAGAUCAAAACUGGAGUUAGUAUUACCCAGAAUGAACAGCUAAUCAACCAGAUUGAUUGGGAGUUUUGGUCCGAAGUUUUCAAUGAUUAUAGUAGCAUUGUGAAAAACAAGCAAUCUGAAUUAAGGAAAAACAUAACUAAGGGAAUACCAAUGGAAUUAAGAGGAAUGGCAUGGCAGAUUAUCUGUGAUUCCAACUCAAUGAGAUUAAAAGAGUUUUUCAUAAAUACACGGAACAGCAGAUCUGAUUUUGAAAAACUGAUCAGACGUGACUUGGCAAGGACACGGUUUAUAAAGGAUGCCCAAAUCCGUGAUAAAAUUGAAGAGUUAUUCAGUAUUAUCAAAACUUACAGCUUGUAUGACCAUGAAGUUGGAUACACACAGGGCAUGGCCUUUAUAACAGUCCCGCUGUUAAUGAAUAUGGAACCAGAUGCUGCAUUUUGCAUGCUAGUUCGGCUGAUGUUUACAUACGGCUUUCGUGAGCUCUAUUUACCGGAGAUGCCAGGGUUGCACCUGAGAAUUUACCAAUUUGAUAGAUUAAUGGAGGAUACCCUACCGGAACUAUACAAUCAUUUGGAAAACCAAAAUAUCAAAUCCUCAAUGUAUGCAAUACAGUGGUUUAUGACCUUGUUUGCCUACAAGUUCCCACUUGAUAUGGUAUUGAGGAUUUACGAUGUUGUGGUUGCUGAAGGUUUAGAGUCAAUUUUGAAAUUUGCGUUGAAUUUAAUGAUGAAGAAUGAACAGCAUUUGUUAACGCUAAAGUUUGAUUCUUUGCUUGAUUUUCUAAAGGAGAAGAUCUUUUACUAUUAUCAAGAAACCCCAAAUCCAAACGAGGAGACGGCUAAUGAGGCCACAUACCAAAUCGAUAAAUUCAUAAGCGAUGCUAUGGAGAUCAACAUCUUGCCGUUGACACUUCAAAGAUAUACUACCGAAUUUGACGAAAUUGACAAGCUUGAAAAAUUACGUGAAGAACAGGCCAAAGAUUUACAGUCACAGAACGGUUUGUUAACAAAAGAGAUUCGUAAAAUUGAAGCCUUAUAUGCCGUUCUCAAUAAAGAGCACGUUGAAAUAGCGGAUGAAAUGAUUCAAGGAAAGAUCAAGAUUGGGUCGUUGGAGGAAGAAAAUCAGUUUUUAAAGGAGCAAAUAGAACAAUUGGAGACCCGAUUGGCCAAUCUCAAGGCAAAUUCCGAUACAAAGGUUGAUUUCACAACAUCUACCAAGGAAAUCGGUACUGGACUCGAUGAGGAGAUCCAAAGUGCCAUGGAGAAGAAUCUCGAAGUGAUGGACCAAAAUAGGAUUUUGGAAGAUCAGUUGGCCGAGUUGGAAGAGGAGAACAGGCAGUUGAAAGAGGCGAAAACCAAGGUCAGUUCUGUCUUUGGCGGCCUGAAGAAGGGUAAAUUCUGGUAG